UCGUCCCAUUUGAACUCCGCUAGAAAUGGAAGUAAAAAUGCCCUCUGCGGGGUCCAGAUGGCGGUUGGGGUACAGUGCCCAGUGUGGGCCUCCCACCCACACCCUGCUCUCGACCUCUCUGCCCAGACAGUGGGCUUCCUUCCAUUUGCAAACUUAGAAUUCCUUAGGUGUAAGGAGACAGUCAAGUAAUCGUCAUUGCCACUUGUGCAAGCACUGCACUGGUGGACCUGUCCGAAAGAUUUAAUAUUUGCAAGAACUCCGCAUAUCGGGGUUUGUGGGAGGCAGGCCUGCCCCAGAGACCACCUGUCCUCAUCCCAGAACCCUUGAAAACCUGCUCUAUGUGGCCAAGGGGCUCCGCAGGUGAGUAAGGGAAGGGUGGUGAGAUGGGGCGAGUACCCUGGGUUGGCUGGGUGGGCCCCGUCUAGCCCGUGGCUUCUGAAAAGUGGAGAACUUUUCCCAGCUGAGCCAGAGAGAGGAACGUUGCUAAUUUCGAAGAUGGAGGAAGGCGGCCUCUAGAAACUGGAAAAGGCAAGGACAUAGAUUCUCCCCUGGAGCCGCCAAAGGAACCAGUCCUGGUGGUUUCCUAACUUACAGAACUGUGAGAUGAUAAACUUGUGUUGCUUUAAGCCACUAAGUUUGGGGUAAUUCGUUUAGGGCCAUAAUGAAAAAGUAACACCUGAGUUAUUCUAGUGAGAGAGGCCUCGGGCGCGGCAAUUAGUAGAGCUGGGAAAACCCUGGUCAGGUGCUUCAAGCUUCAGCGCUCUGCUUUAAGGGCUGAGCACGCUCGGCGGCCCGUUUAAGAGCGGGGCGGGGCCUGCGGUUGCCUGGAGACCGGCAGGAUCAGGUCGCCGCGCCGCUUCCGUCUGGGAUUGGCAGAGUCCCACGGCGUCCCCAGCGAGGUGAGCGCCCCCGCGGGGUCCCGGGGUCCCAGGCCGUGGUUGCGCCGCGACGGACAUGACCUUGCCUUGCACUCCGGGACUCACCUGUGCGUCCUGCUCGAUGCACCGGGGUGUCUUCAGUGGGGCCAGUUUGGGAAGGCCACAGAAACUGUGGCUUUGGAGCCCUGUGCCUCAGCUCUAAGACCUUGGGCAAAUAAUUAGCACAAGAUUUUUUGCUUGACCCUGGCAGUGCUGUCCUAGGGAGUAGGUAGCCGAUGAUUUCAAGUUCAAAAACAGGAAAGUGAAAAAAUAAUCACUUCAUUAUUGAUUGUGCACACUGUCUGAUCCGUAGGGAUUUUGUGCAUCAUCUCAUCCUUAUAACCAGACCAAGGUGCUGUUAUUCCUGUUUGACAGCUGAAGCAGAAGGACCUCAGGUAAAACUCAUCAACGCCUUGAAACAAACAGCUUUCAACCAAAGGAGUCAUUUGAUACUUACCUAUAUAAAGCAAACCUUAGGUCUUCUAAAGGCAAUGGUGAAAGAAAAGAAAAGAGCAGAUAAAAAAGGGGAUAAGUUGGCCUGCUCUCCAUCGUCUGUCUCCGAUCAUACAGAGUUUCCCAAACAAGAUGGCAAUGCUGCUAGGCAAGAUAUGCCCCCAGGUGCUGUGCCACCAUUGGACAUGCAGCUCAAAGAACCAGAACUCGAGAGAGAGUGCAAAAAUGAUGAUCUGCGGAAUGAAGAUACCAUCCAGUAUGAAGAUACCACCCAGUAUGAAGAGCCCAUUCUGACCAAACUCAUAGUAGAAAGCUACGAAGGGGAAAAAGUCCGUGGACUGUAUGAGGGAGAAGGCUUUGCCAUCUUUCAAGGAGGCUGUACCUACCACGGUAUGUUUUCAGAAGGACUCAUGCAUGGACGGGGGACUUACGUCUGGGCUGAUGGAUUGAAAUAUGAGGGGGACUUUGUGAAAAACAUCCCCAUGAACCGUGGCGUCUACACGUGGCCGGAUGGCAGCACCUACGAAGGAGAAGUGGUCAACGGCAUACGACACGGAUUCGGCAUGUUCAAGUGCAGCACGCUGCCCGUGUGCUACAUCGGCCACUGGUGCCACGGCAAGAGACACGGCAAGGGCUGCAUUUGUUACAAUCAAGAGGGAACCUCUUGGUACGAGGGAGACUGGGUGCACAACGUCAGAAAGGGCUGGGGGAUAAGGCGUUACAAAUCUGGAAAUAUAUAUGAAGGUCAGUGGGAGAACAACGUGCGUCAUGGGGAAGGCCGGAUGAGGUGGCUGACAACUAACGAAGAGUACACGGGUCAUUGGGAGCAGGGGGCCCAGAAUGGUUUUGGCACACACACAUGGUUUCUAAAGAGAAUCCCCUACUCCCAGUAUCCUCUGAGAAAUGAAUAUGUAGGAGAGUUUGUGAAUGGAUACCGUCAUGGCUAUGGAAAGUUCUACUAUGCCAGUGGAGCCAUGUAUGAGGGAGAAUGGGUUGCCAAUAAAAAACAUGGCAUGGGCCGAUUAACUUUUAAGAAUGGGCGUGUGUAUGAUGGCCCAUUUUCCAAUGACCGCAUAGCAGAGUUUCCAAAUCUUGAAGGUGAACUGAUCAGCUACCUGGACACGACUCCAGAAUCUGCCCUCAGGAACCAGUAUUGCAGAUCCUCCAUCAGUGCCGAAAUCAUCAGAAAGCUUGAUGGCAGUGAAAGUAAUUCCACGUUAGGCUCGAGCAUUGAGCUGGAUCUCAGUUUGUUGCUGAAAAUGUACCCGGAGAGAGACCAAUCAGAAGAAAAGAAGCAGGUAGAAUAUGCUAUCUUAAGAAAUAUUACAGAACUAAGAAGAAUCUAUAGCUUCUACAGCAGCCUAGGAUGUGAUCACUCUCUGGAUAACACCUUUCUGAUGACAAAGCUUCACUUCUGGAGGUUUCUAAAAGACUGCAAAUUCCAUCAUCAUAAAAUAACCCUCGCCGAUAUGGACAGGGUACUAAGUGCCAAUAAGGACAUACCAGUUGAAGAAAUUCAUUCUCCAUUUACAACAAUACUUUUGACAACAUUUUUGAAUUACCUCCUGGAGUUGGCUUACCACAUCCAUCACAAAGAAUACCAAGACAGAAGCCCAUCACUCUUUUUGUGUUUUACAAAACUGAUGAAUGAGAACAUUCGCCCAAAUGCCUGCCGUGUAAAAGGCAGUUUAUUCUGCGAGGCCCACCGGACACUCUAUUCAAUGAAUUACGUGGAUAAGUGCUGGGAGAUCUACACAGUUUACUGCAGACCAAACGCAGCCCCUCCGCAUGAGCUCACAAUGGACAUGAGACACUUCCUCUGGAUGUUGAAGAGAUUUAAAAUGAUAAAUAAAGAAUUAACAGCAAGAAAAUUUGUGGAGGUCAUAGCAGAGGAUAAUCCUUUCAUGCAUGAUGGGAUUGACAGCAACUUUAAACUUGAGCUGGUUUUCCUGGAAUUCUUUGAAGCUCUGUUAAGCUUCGCACUCAUCUCUGUUACUAACCAAUCGACUAAAUUCUAUUUAAAUUUUCCAAAUGAUGACUUGUCUGGAAACAAAGCUGGAAGCACUUAUACAAUGAUAAAGCAGAACACCCAGAACAGGAGUCCAAGUGCUCUAAGAAGCCAGGAAUCUGAGGUGCAGGACGGCAACACUAAGUCGUCUUCAAGCAAGUUAGGAGUCUUGCUUGACAUGAGCAAGAUAAGGCAAUCAGAGAAAAAGCCCAAGAUCAAGAAGUCUCUAAGUGAUGGAAAAACUUCCAAAAUGAACUUUAAAUCUCCAGGAAAGGAGCGAACCUUUCUUUUAUCUCAAAAUGCGGAAAAAGAAAAAUCCAAGGAUGAACAAAACGAAAAAUUCAAUAUGUGGAUCAGUAACAUGUACAUCUUUUUUGUGAACACUCUCUUCCAAGCACAUAAACACGAAGAAACCCUCAAGGAGAAAGUAAAGGAAAACAGGCUACGUAAUGAAGCGGCGGCCCUUCAGAGGAAGGUGGAGAAUGAGGAGCUGGAGGCGAGGCUGAACAGCUUGAGAGAGGAAGAGACCAAAAGGCAAGACUGUGAGGUCGCCAUCACUGUGAUCAAGGAACCAGUGCAUGCCACAUCCUUGAAUUUCAUGCCGAGCCUCCUGAAAGACGACACAGUGGUGUCCCAGUCCAGCAAAUCCAUUGCAAAUAAGAAAAAGAAAAAGUAGACAUCACUGGGUUUGUAAAUGAGCCACAAGAACAAGCAGGUGUGAAGGGAAUUUAGAACCAAAGCCUGUAACAAAUUUCCUACCCAAUAAAAUUACGUGUGUUUUA